UGUAAUUUCGCAGAAGAUAUAAAUAUCGUCGGCGAGGGAAAAGCGGCAUGGCUGAGCUGCGCUUGCCUAGACGGCCAACGCUUCUCAACUUAUCCUUGGACAAGUUCGACUCGAAUCUAUACACGUUACCUCGGAGAGGACAGUUAAACCAAGCAAGAAUCGAUGUCGCACCAAACGGAACUCGUCAUCUUUGUCUUGGAAUGAGCUUCUUUCGUUGCUUUUUUUCAUUCGUUCAUUUUGUCUUAUUCGGAGUUCAAGGUAAAGGCCGACACAGGGGUGAUAUUUUUAGUCCCCUAAACUCCCUCAACAAACACUGUAGGCUACUGCAGUGUUGGUAAGGAUGGCCUUUCAAUCGGCCUUCUUACCAAUAUUGGUCUUGGGACUGAUGACUAGUUUGGUGCGUUGUGCCCCCUCCACUGGCAGGCUGAAUGGCACCGUGGAACGACGCUGGGAGACACUGUACUCGCGGUCCUUGGCUCGGAUCCCUGGGGAGAAAAGAGAGAUAAACCGGGACAGCGACUAUCUUAUGGGCAUUAAACGGCUACGACGCCUUUAUUGCAACGUAGGAAUUGGGUUUCAUAUUCAAGUUUCACCCGAUGGGAGAAUAACAGGGGUGCACAAUGAAAACCGUUACAGUCUCCUUGAGAUAUCUCCAGUAGAGAGAGGAGUUGUGACAAUCUUUGGCGUCCAACGCGGUCUAUUCGUGGCCAUGAACAGCAAAGGGAAGCUGUACGGAUCUGUUCAUUACAACAACGACUGCAAAUUCAAAGAAACUCUCCUGGCAAAUAAUUACAAUGCUUACGAAUCGGUGGCAUACCCGACGAUGUACAUUGGACUAAGCAAGGCCGGUAAAACAAAAAGAGGAAACCGAGUGUCACCAGCCAUGACGGUGACGCAUUUCUUGCCGAGAAUCUGAGUCACUCAGAAAUAGACUUAACCUCAAUAAGGUGGGGUGAGGGGGACUCAAAAUGAUGCACUUUCAACUGGAGUUUUAUGCAAGACUAAGUGUAUCAUCCCGUUGAAAUUGUAUGUAUUCGUUUGUAUAUCAGUUUAUUUAUUAUGUAAAACAAUUUUGUAUUUGGGGGAAAACAGGUCCUCGCCUGAGGGGGAAUUUCAGAAAUCAACACAUUUAUUUAAUUUUUUUAAUUUAUCAGAAGUCUGCUGCUAUUAAGUGUUUGGGUAAGUGAGAUUCCUUUGUAGAAUUAUGGUUUUCUUUGCACUGUUUAUAGACAAAAUAUUCUACAGCGACAGAGCAAAGGAUACUUUUAUAUUCUUUUUCUUCUAUGGAAAUAACUUUAAAGUCUUAGACCGAAGUUCAAACAAGUGAAAUUAGAUCAAAUGAUUGGUUUUAGAAGCAGAAGCAAUUGUCCAAUGGCAGGACUCUUUGUAUGGCUUUGGAGUCUAAUUGAAACAGUAUCAGCUUGCUACUGGUUACAGAAAGAGCCACGUUGAAGUCCUACCCUCUCAAAUCUGUUUUUAGCUCUGCCAGGUGGUUGAACUUUGAACUUUUCUGCAGUCAAUCUUUGUCACAUCUAUAAGACUCUGGGUAGAGAGAGGCAACUUCUUGACAUUGUAUAAGCAGAGAAUUUGAGAGUUUAAAGGCAAGGUCAGUGUGCUGACACACAAGGCAGAAACCAUAGCCAUGGCUCUUUAACAUUCAACUUUUAUGAUGGGGAAGUCCUCAGCAGUAUGGAAAAUGUAUAUGGAUCUCAAAAGGAUUCAUUGAAAUCAUCGCAAGUUCAGCAUCAGAGCUCCUCGCUGAGUGCAAAAAAAAGAAGGCAAGAUAAUGUAUGGAUUGUCAAAAGGUUAUGUUUUCCCCCAGUUGGUACACCGAAAGGCUAUACAUUAUUUUUGGGGAUAUGUAUCACCACUCAUUUCUUCCCAUUGCCCCACUUUCCUUGUUAUCUAUCCUAUACCUCACAUAUUCAACAACCCCCCCCCCCCCCCCAAAAAAAAAAAAAACCUUUUCUAGAGUUUGUCCUGAAGUAAUUCUAUUGAGCCCCAACCUCUUCUCAGAGCACCAUGCCAUAGGCAGAAGUUCAGGCAGCCAUUUCGUCCCAGUUGCGCCUUGUCACGUUUGGGCUAUCUUUACCCUGUGAUUUACUUUUAGAAAGGAUGAUCAUGGUGGGAAUAUUUACAGACAGCUGUUAGACUGCACUAUAUGCUCAACCAGUAACCCUAUAUUUUUCUUUAUAUAUUUUGUAAAUAUAACCCCUGGUAACUGGCAGAGCAUAGCGAUGCUGCUUCAAAGUCUGUUUUUCUGUCUUUGGGAACAUUCAUUCACAGACGAAGGGGUUUGACCGGGAGAUGGCCCAUGCCAGAGGGUGUCUCUCUCUCUAUAAUCCCAGUCGGUAUUCACGUAAUAAUAAGGAAUUCCCUCAACCACAGCCACAAAUUGGGGAAAUCCAUCAUUCUUUCCUAUUGACCCCCAUUGUAAAAGAGGCAACUGUUUUUUGCCAUACAGAAAUAACAAAACGUUGCUGAAAAGCCGCUGUGUUGUUCAAUGUAACCAGGCCAAAGGCCCUGACCUAUGGUUCGCAAUGCUCCCAUGUAGGGAAAUAGAGCCUGCGAGAAGAGCCCUGUGCUGUGGCUUCAGGCUAUUUGGCGUUGGAGAGUGGGAAAUGUGGGGACCCGUUGUCCAGGUAGGCUACUCGUAGCUAUGUGUGUGGAAAACAUUUCAUCACAGGUCAGACCUUUAACUUGAUUAGUAUAGUCCGUUUGUAACUCCACUCACUACUUGUAGCUGUAUAGUCCGUUUGUUUGUGUUGUUGGUCUUGGCUAACUUUCGCUAGCUAGCACUCAGUCAAGUAUUGAGUGUUGAAAAGUUAUCUUGAGCCAUGUUGUUCUUCAAUGCAGUUUUGUAAUGGACUAAAACAAGCGGACAACAAGAAAAUUGCGUUUGAAAAUGUAGAGUAUUUACUCCGAGCCAAUAGGUCAACCUAUGUCACCACCGGUUGUUUUCCCCACAAGCGGGCAGGGCUGCAGCGUUCUAUCUAAUACCGACUGGGACUAUUAGAAUACUUCUAGAUUGUACGAUGGUGUUCAUUCUCGUCCGAGAGGGUUCCCUCUCAGGUUCAACAUUCCACAUACCGUGGCAGUUUACAAUGUAACAGUACUGAUUUUAGACAACUCAAACUGGAAGCGAUGGCCCCAUUGUUCUAUAUUCAAUAGAACAAUAGUAACAAUUAGCGUCCAAAUCCUGAGAAAUCUAAUGAGGCGUAACUUUGACACAGCAAAUAGCUUUGCUAAAUGCAGUCAAGGGAAAAGACAUCACUGGCUAGUAGUAAAUAAUAGAAUGGCUGGAGCGCCAGCAAAUAUCUCAGGGUGUUGUUGGUGAACUCUUGGUUGGUGUCCAUGUCUAAACACCUGCUGUGGAAGUCUAUGUCUCCCGCAAAACAAUCCUAUCCCGGAUCCCGUCUUCCCCUUCAAAAAGACACGAGCACAUGGCAGCCAAAACGAGUCAAGACUAUGAUGGUCUUGCAUACCAUCCAGCUCCUGAGACUGACUAGUCAAAGAGCUAGCCAAUGCUGUACCUGACUUAAUAUUGUCACAUAUGACCUGGAUGCUCAAACACCUGUUGUUAAUAUUAUUUAGUCACCCGAGACACCAGGCUGCACUGCCAAUCUCAUAACUAUUUUCCUUUGCCACAGCUGUGCCAAACGCUCCCCAAUUAGACUGUUUUGCAUGGCUCACCAUAAUGUUUACAAAAGACUGAGAAGCCACUGGCAAAUAUUCUGUGACCUCUCCCUUCAACCCUGUUCCAACCCCAGGAGAGUCACCUCAUUUGCUUAUACAGCAAGUGUACAAGCAACACGACACAAUGUUCCCGAAAUGUGCACCUCAUAGACAAGACAGUUUGAACAAUUGUUCAGACAUUUAAUCUAUCCCUGAUGCUACAGAGACAAUAGCGUAAUAUGCAGAAUAACGAGCAUGUUUCACUGUUUAAAAUGUUAAUUGUCUAUCGUCUUCUAUGGGUGCUUAUCUCUUCCAUUGCUGUGCUGUUUCUGCAUCCAGAGGAGGGCUCUUGGUGGUCUUGUUACUCUUGUUUCCAUUGUCUUUAAAAAAUAUAUAUAUAUUUACUAGAUAUUAUCUGUAGUUUUAUACAGGUCUUGUUGAAUAUCUUGAUGUAUGUGCUGUGCACAUGACUAAUGCCUAACUUAAAUUUGAAGUUAAAUAAAACUCCCAAUGUUGUAAAAUGACUCUUUCAUGUCUGAACCCUUGUUGGUACAAGUCUUCACAGACUAAUACUGGUCUCUGACAACAUCAAUUGUACAAUAAUUUGACUGAACGGUUUAGAAAGAAGUGUGAUUACAUAGGAGUUCAGAAUUCCAAUGGUUCUCUAACUCACAGAGUUUCAAACUGUUACAUCAAAUUCCAUUUUAUCUAUCGUACUACAAUACACAUUAUUCGAUAGAGAAACCAGAAAUAUAUUUGCCAAACUGAGGAGAGGAGAGCAAGUUGUGUAAAAUUCCAAGUUAUUCCUUUGUUGAACUGUCCAUUUUGAUAAAUACCUCAAAGAAAAAUAGCCUUGGAAGAGUGAGACAGGUGUGGCCACUCAAUACACAUGUAUUUCUGUCCACUGGGUAGCUCGAGCUAAAUGGAGCCUUGCCUUUGCCUGAAAGAAUGACAGCUUUCUGCUCAAGUAAACUGAGGCGGCAAUGUUUAUGGAUUGUAAAACUAUCCCUAAAAACACUGGCUACACUCCAUCUAUAUGCCUUGUCUCUAUCGUCUGUCAACCAAACAAUCAUCCAUCCACCCAUGGGCCAACACGUCUUUCUAUUUCAGAUGUGCCUUUCAAGUUCUGUAGAACACAAAAGACUACACAGAGACAGCCAGGAAAACCUGCAACGAUGUGUUCGCUAACAGUGAUGGGUAAGACACUUGGGCUUGUAAGGGCUUGUAAAGUAAGCAUUUUACUGUAAGGUCUACUACACCUGUUGUAUUCGGCGCAUGUGACAAAUACAAUUUGAUUUGAUUCCAACGGUUGUUCGAUGGUCCUAUGUAAAUAGGCAGCAAGGUGUUAAGAGGAUUCCAGCGAGGUAGAAUGAAAGCAGCCCGUUCUACAUUUCCAAUGUGAUUUCGUCCCUCUGCCACACUGCCCUAACAGAGUUCAGUGAAUACUAGGGGUUUCAGCACUGGGGAACUGACACAAGGCAUGCGAUUAGAGGUAGAAUAUCAAAGUGUUUGUGAAACAAACAGCAAAACUAAAAAUGUACUUUGCAAAAACGCAAAAUAAAAGUGAACAUGCAGAAUUGUGAACGGUACAGGCAAUCUCCACAAAUUAAGUUUUUCACGGCCAAAAGCUAUUUAAGACUGACACCUGCACGCAUGCACCCCCAACAUACACAUUAUACACACACAUCAGUAUUUGUAACUCCAAGAUCAUCAACAGUGUCCAAAGCCAUCCGUGUAGAUACCAUUUGUAAAGAUUAAAACCUGCUGCAGUGGGAUGGGGCCGGGAGUGUUGCUGACUGGCAGGGGCACCUUGAGCACUUAGUUAUCUAGGCCCCCUCACAGAGUCCCUGGAUUCCAUGGGUAUCGCACCUCCUAAGCCCCAGCUUAUAGGGUUUUGCUGCUUUAUCCUGCCGGCAAACACAACGGAAGCCUGAGUCUUUAACGCCAGUGAGGCUGGAUCAUCUCUGGGGAAAAGGGGCAAUGAAAGGAGAUGGAUGAAGCGACUCGGGGCUCAAUUGUUCCCUACUGUCAAAACAAAAUGAGAUUUUGUCGGGCUAUCCCUCAUAAGCACAGAGCAGAGAGGAUGCAAUGGGAAUGCUUCUGGUGGUUGUUUUCAUUUACUAAGGUUAUUCCCUGCUAUUCAACCACAAUAUAGAUGCUUCGGAUUGACUAACUUCUCUCAAGAAAUAAAUGAGUGGAGUUUUGAUCUAUGGCACUAUGGCACGUUUAAUUGUCUCAGACAGAGCAAAGCAAAACAAAACAGAGAGGCGCUGAAGCACAUCAGCCAGGCAAGGAUAUUCAAAUAGCCACACCUGGCCAAAACCACAUGCAAACAACUGUUUGUGCUAAUAAACACCUGGUGUACUAUCAGGUGACUGGCUACUCAGUGUUACCCUUGGUUCAGCUUUAUUCAGCCAUGAUAGUAGGCAGCAUCUUUGGCAAACAAUGUGUUUGGCAGAACUUGGCACACGGGAGGGCAUCAGAGCCAAGGCGUGUCACACUGCUGCCCAUUUCAGAGACAUAUUUUUAUAUCACAUAAUAGUUCAGUGUAACACAGUUAUUAAAACCUUGAUAGUGUCUCACUUGAAAUGUACUACGACACUGACUGAGUAAUCUUUUUGUUCUAAAUGGCUAAAUCUAUGGAUUGAAUUAGCCAAAACCCGACUUGAAGUUCAGUACUUUUCUUCAAGUCGAAAUGCUCUCCACCCAUGUUUGCACCGUGGUGACGAGCGCAGGAUAUGGCUCGAAAACGUACUUCAAUCCAGGGAUGGAAGAUGUCGCUGUACUCCUAAUUAUCCCAUUAUCCGAAAUGGCAAAUCGAGAAGAUGAAAAUACUGCUCGUUUUUUUAUUAAACUGCUUUUUUCCAUCCUACCUUAAGCAUUUACUAGCAUGAGGACGAAAAAGUCAGUUACAAACGAGCAGUAUUUAAAUCGUCUUGAUUUGUCAUUUCGGAUAAUGGCAUUGAGGUACGUUUUCGACUCAUAUCAGCUGAUCUGCCUGGGGGUCUGGGCCAAAGGGAGUAAAGGGGUACUUAGAGAGGGUGUUUGUACCCCAUACUCUCUUUGUAGGGCCAGCUGUGAAGUGUCUAUUUGAGAUCCUCCAGAUGUUUUCCUAGAAAGACAAGUUACUUCA